AUGUCUUGCCCAACAGCCGUCGCUCACAUUCACCGAUUUUUUCGAGAUCGCUACAUCGUUUUGAGCGACACUUGGCUCCAAGCUGUUCUCGAAUAUUUAUCCACAAAAAAUGCAAAAUCUGUGAGUUUUUUAAACCAUAUCUUUCAUAAAUUUGUUUUUUGAGGACCCACAAAAACUUGCCGCACUCGUUUUUGAACAAUGGAAGUUCUCAAACUUCAAGGAUUCAUCGGAGUCCGUUUUUUCGAAACUUGGUCUUUGUCCCAAUACCAGUAGAGCUGAUUUGAAGAGACCAAUCGUUUGUCAGGUUUUUUUUUCGAAUAGUUAUUCGUAUGAAAAUUAUUUUUUUAAAAGUUAGCCUUUCGAAAAGUUUCCGGUAUUUUUUUAUGAAGGAACAUAGUUACAUGCCUAACAUUACAUAAUAGUUGAGGUUUUUUUAGUCUAAAAAAAAUUUAUUUAUUUUUCUCCUAUAAUUUGAAUUUUUUUCUAUUUUUUUCAAUCAGAACCUCUUUGAUGUUUUUUUAUUUCUACUUUCGAAGAAAAAAAUUUCGAAAAAAAAAUUUUUUUCUCAUUAUUAUUUUCAGAUAAAUAGUAUUAUUGACGUGGGGUCGUCCUACUACUCACAGUUUUCGAGACUUUCCUCCUGUUCUCGCGUCGAUAACACCGGUUUCGACACGAUUUUCAAUAAAGAAGAAAAUGAUAACGAUCAAGUUUUUGCGAUAGUUCAAUAUAAAACGCUUUCAAAAAUUCUAGAAAUCUUCGAGGAUGCUCAGGUUGGUAUUAUCUGAUGGACAAACGGAGCUCAAAGCGAUUGAGCUGUCAAGAAUCCCGAACUUGUCUAUGUACAUCAAACCCGGCUGCAAAGUUUGUCACUUUUGUGAUUUUCUAAUGGGAAGCUCUCCGAGACGAAAUUCGACAAGCCAUUUGAAACUUUUGAGAAUUUUUUUUAUUAACCAGAUUUUUCUUGGAAAAAGCGAGAAGCUUCACUUCUCAACUUGUCAACAAGGCUUCAGAAAAAGGCAUCAAGGAAAUAUUUUAGAUCUAAUUUCGAAUAAUCUUCUCGUAAUGGCACUCUCGAAAUUAUCUCUCUUGCGUUUCUUUAAGCUCUUCAUAAUCAAAUUUUUAUUUUUUUGAAUUCGAAAAACUGGAUUUUUUUAAGAUUGUUCCUCUAUAAUUUUGUUCAUCAACUUUACAGAUCCUCAUUUGUCCGCCGUUGAUCUUGCGCAAGGGAACUUUUCUCCUCCAGCCGGACAACUGCCAGGUUCUCGGUAUCGAGAAGAGAUUUUUCUCGAAGAAACUAUAUUCUUGAGGCGGCGAAUGUCUUCCUCAGUUGAACCCCGAAAGACCUCUCGACAAGUACAUGCAGCUGCUCGGACUCCAGGACAAGAAGUCAGAAAUUAAAUCAUUUUUUGUUGUUUUCAGAGAUAUAGCUAGUACUAAAAAAUGCUCCGUUUUGUUCUUUUCGCGUCAUUUUACCAACUUUGAUCAAAAAUUGAAGCCUUUUCCUUUUCGACUUUUUCUUGGAUCUUUGAAAUCCUAUUAAAUAAAUGGAAAGGGCGAUAAAGGUCGCAAAACGGGAUCCUUCCAGUGGUCUUUUGCAUUUUUUCUUCUUGUUUUUUUGAGACCGUUUUCGACACUUCAGAGUAUGGAAAAAAAAAAGAAAAAAUUGAUAAAUGCUACACUUUACAAAUUCAGGGCACCUAUUCAAAAAGAAGAAGCUAAAUUCGAAGCUCGCAGACGUUCUCCUAGGAUUAAAAUUCCUGAAAGGCCUCAUCAAAUAAGAAAUCGUUCUCCCUCACCAUCAGAGUGAGCUUACAAAUUGAACAAGAAGUCACCAGAAAAACAAAUUCAGAAUGUUUAUCGAGGAAGAAGAGAAUUACGACGACGAGGUUGUCGAUUGGUCAGAAGAAGAGGAAGGUUUUCCUCAGCAUUCCCGAAAUUCAAAUGAAAAAGAUGUUCAGAGCCUCGUCGAGCAGUUAGAACUUCGCUUCCUCGAUUGGAAAAUGAGACGAUCGAAGGGCCAUCGAAGCGAAAGGCCGUCGAUGUCGUCGCCAACACUCCGAAAAGACGUCCGGAAUCUGUUGCAAAACCAGUUUUUUGUUGUUUUUCGUGUAAUUUAUAUUUUAUUCUGGUUAAGAACCCAAUGAAUGGAAUGCUGACCACAGCUCGUCCUCAAUCUUCCUACAAGGACAGUCCUUUGAAGGCCGACGAGGAACCCUUGAACUUUCCCAGUUCGAGUGGAAGGAUCAAGAUCAAAAAGGAGGUUUAUUAGAGAAACAUUUUCUGAAAUCUUUAUUGAGAUUUCUCGACACGCAAACGUCGAACACGGAUUGAAAUGAUUCCAAAAAAAUUACUCUGAAUAAGAACAUUUAUAAGAAAAAAAUUAUACUUUUAUUCUCAAGUAUUUUUAAGGUUGACUUCUUUCACAAAAAUUGUUUUUAAAACAAAAAAUAUUCUCUCGUGGAAUUUUAUUUUUUCUUUAUAUCGGCAUCUUUAUUUGUUAAUUAUCGUUUUUUUUAGAAAUCUGACGAUGAUAUCGAGGUUAUCGAACUUGAUUCGCCUGUCCUCGCUGCAAAAGCUGUCAAAAAAGAAGUCGAAGAAGUGGUUUAAAAAAAUCCUUUUCUGUAACCUUGCUUUUUCAGAAUGCUCUGUCAGAACCGUCACCCGAGGAACCGAUAAUCAAAAAGUUCAAAAAACUGAAUAACGUCAGCAUUGUGGAUAUCGUGAAAAAGAUGCGAUUUUGCGUCGGUUCUCGUCGCGUAAACAUUGUUGUCAGUCUGAACAGAGAGCCCAUAAAAGUUAUAACUUUAGGGGUCGAUCGAGAACGUCCUGGACCCACUGAGAAUUGUCGACAAUCUUUGGACGAUGAAAGUUGAUUUGAGGGACGAUUCCACUUGCUCGGAGUGUUUGAUCGACGACGAUUGCUUGAAAAACCUCAUCGGGAUGUCAUCAACCGAGGCUAUGGUCGGUAAUUUUUAAAGGAUAAAAAGCCAUUUGUUGUUAAAUGAUCUCUUUUAGGGCUUUUCAUUGAGUGCUAAAUUUAAAUUUUGGUCCAGCCUUUCGUUCUAUGAUUCUCUUUUUGUCUGUCUACUUAUGUGGAGUUCUCUGGCGAUUUGCAGACGGUACGUCAGUCUGAGGACAGGGAGCGACGCAAAAACGGUGCGAAACGCUUGAAAGGCGCCGAAGAGCAGUUGCAACGACUGGAUUUAGUUCUCGAGGUCCUCUCAACUUGCUUAAUCAUGUAAAAUCGUCCCGUUUCAGGUCGAAUUCUUCAACGAUCGAUCUCUGUUGCCGGUCAUUCGCUCAGUCAGAACUAUGGCCGAAGUUUUGGACGUGUUUUGA